ACUGUUCGCACUGUUGUGCGCUCUGGAGGCUCUUGGACGCGACCACCGCCGCUGCUGAACGUUUUUCGCGGAGGCUGAAUGAAAUUAAGUGCCUGAGUGAAUUGUCUCUGGGUGGAUAGGAGCAGUUUUAGGAGGCGACAGCAGAAAUCCGGGAACGUGAAUAUGCUCAGGAGUCCAGAGUAAAUGGACGGCCUGUCGGCUGCAGGGUGCUGAAGCUCUGCAAACUCGUUCCUGUGUUUCGGCGCGGGCAUCCCAGAGGAGUUUUAUGUGUCAUCAGGGCCGUGAGACACACCCACACACACACUGAUGCUCAGCCUCUCCCUCUCACAAUGGACCUGGCAGACCUCUAAUCUCUAAAAGAUUGAUGAGGCCCUGUACAGGCGCGGGAGGUCUGGCAUAGCGUCGAUAAGGCAGCUUUCAUUUCACCACAUUUUAUCCCUCAUUCCUUCGUUUCUUGUCCUCUUUUCCUCCGUGCUGAGGGACACGGGGGCUGGCUUUGAAGUGUGAGAGAGGAUUAUGACACAUGAAGCCCCCUGGGUGAGAAGGACCGUGUUUUAAAGAGGAACCAUGAAAUGCUCUGGAAAUGACAGCUCUGUUUUCUUCUGUCGCUCCGCGUUGGACAGCCGUGUGGUAGCCGAGCAGGACGCCAGAGUCAGCAUGUCACUGUCAAACUGCUGGAGCUGGAGUAUAGUGAAACUACAGAGGGACACUCAGAGCUGAGAGUAGCCUCACACACCUGCAUACACACAAACACAAUCAGAGCGUUCCACACAGGACAAUGUGCAACAUCUCGUUCUGUGAUGUGGACAGUAAGGUGGACCAGUUCUUCCAGCCCACGCUCUACAUCAUCGUCAUCGUUCUGGGGCUGCCCACUAACUGCAUGGCUCUGUGGGCUGCCUACAUGCAGGUCCGCCAACGCAAUGAGCUCGGCAUCUAUCUGAUCAACCUGUCAGUGGCCGACCUCCUCUACAUCACCACUCUUCCUCUGUGGAUCGACUACUUCCUGCAGCACGAUGACUGGAUCCACGGUCAGGAGAGCUGCAAGCUGUUCGGCUUCAUCUUUUACACCAAUAUCUACGUCAGCAUCGCCUUUCUCUGCUGUAUAUCACUGGACAGGUACCUGGCUGUGGCAUAUCCCCUGCGCUUCGCCAAGGUUCGACGAAUCAAAACAGCCAUCCUGGUCAGCGCCAUGGUGUGGAUCAUUGAGAUCGUAGCCAACUCCGCUCCUCUCUUCCACGACGAGCUCUUCCAGGACCGCUUCAACCACACCUUCUGCUUUGAGAAGUAUCCCAUGCAGGACUGGGUGGCAGGGAUGAACCUCUACAGGACAUUUCUGGGGUUCCUCGCUCCAUGGACAGCCAUGUUCGUUGCCUACCGUGGGAUCCUGGCAGCAGUGCGCUGCAACGUCUCAACGGAGCGUCAGGAAAAGGCUAAAAUUCAGCGUCUGGCGCUGAGUCUGAUCCUGAUCGUGUUGCUCUGCUUUGGGCCAUACCACAUCCUCCUCCUGGUGCGGAGUGUCAUGUUUCUAAGGAAGCCAUGUGACUGCGGCUCAGAGGAGAGCUUGUUUGCAGCGUACCAUGUAUCCCUGGCGCUGACCAGCCUCAACUGCGUUGCAGACCCUAUUCUGUACUGUUUCGUCAAUGAGGGGGCUCGGCACGACGUCGGCCGAGCUCUCUCUGCUUUACUGUCUGCAGCUUGCCACAGGGGCUCCUCUUCCUCACCAUCACAUGCCGACAUACUCAACGCCGGUUCAGUGACUAUGGAAACACCGCUGUCAGCGAAGAAGCAGCCUUGUGUUUAUGCCGAUGGAGGCAAGACAAGCAGUUACAAAACAGAACUAGUGGCUCUAAAGGAGGAGUGUCUACAGAUGACCAUCCUCAGUGUUAGGAAGUGACCUUUACCUGGAGCCCGCUGCAAGAAGUCCAAACUGCUCAGCUCAGUGGGUGGAGGAAGCUUAUAACACUGGCCUGAGAGCCUGAAAACAGAUGCAUUUAUGAGGCUGUAGAUGCAGUAAAGCUUCCAGUAAACGGCAUGUUAGUGAGCCAGAAUGGUAAUGAGACUGAUGAAAUAAACAAGACGUAUCAUCUGUAGCCAUGGUAGCAGCCUAUGUAAUACUUACACACCAGAAAACAAAAUUGUCAGGUGAGCGAAAAAUGAAGAGAGAUUUCUUUGCUAUUGUUAGAUUCUUACCACUAAAUCAGGUGUGAAGUUUGCACCUGAAGACAGGUCAUCAAAAAGGUUAAUCCAUCAUAGCGUGACCCUGUUAGGACAUCUCAGACUGAAGGCUUGUCAGGCUCAGUUGUUCUACUCUCAUAACUUCAAGUUGUGGUUUGUCAGCCUCUGCACAUCUGCAUGCAUGCUAAUGUUAGCAUGCUAACUUGCUAUGUUAUCAUUAAUCCCAAAGUGCAGCUGUGGCUGACAAGGAUUCGAUCGUUAGCUUUAGGGGGGAACCUGGUGAAGUGAAGUGUCGAACCAGAGGAAUUUUUUACUCUCCUGCUGCAGCUGAAUGGAAAGUCAGAGGAUCGUCAGGAUUCAGCCUCAUUGGACCAUGAAUGUCUACCAGAUUCCAUGCCAAUCUAUCCCAUAGAUGGAGCAAAGGGUUGGACCAACAGGUCAACAGACCAGCUGACUUCCCCACAGUCAUGUCACUGGUGAGACUAAUACGGAUCUUAUCAAACACAAUUUGAUGGACUGGAUAUUUGGACAAUUUCCAGCUGUUCUGGGAGUCUUCUACAAUGCCUGGGAGGAAAUCCUUGAAUAUUUAAGUGGAAUUAUUUAAGCAGGCCACACUCUGCAUGGCUGAGUAUUGUUAGUGGUCUGAGAAGAGACACUGUUGCAUUCAACUGGACAAAGGGCCGAUGUGGGAGAUUGGAGUUUGACACCCAAACGCAUCACUUUGGAACACGGAAGAAGAGCAGGUUAAUAAAAAGAUUGUCGGUUGUUGGUCAAAAACAUUUUUAAUGCUUGUUGGAAGUCGUUUUCUUAGUUUUUUGUUUUUUUUUUUUGAAGGUAAUAAUGAAGCUUUAUGAAGUACCUCAGCUCAUAAACUGUGAUAGCUAGAAGGCUUAGAGAAGUGUCUCUUAUGUAAUGUGAGCAAUGUCUUUUUCUUUCAUUUUUAGUGCAGACAGCAAAACAACAUCGCAGAGAAAAAUCCCAAACCAAAGCCUUUUAACUGCAGUUGCGAGCACUGUGGAGCAGAAAACAGUCUCACAGUACAUAGUUUUUUUAAUGUGAGUGCAUGCAGCAGUUGCCAAUAAUAGUUAAAGUAGGGUGACUAGCAUGAUGGUUAUUUUAUUACUUUUUAAAUGAAAACCUUCAUUGCUUAAAAGUUCUUUACUGUGUCGCCAGACAGCGUCUCUCGACCUCCACAGAUCCAACCUACAUGCUGGGCUUCAGUAAAGGCCACACACAGUCGACCUGAUACUGUUUACAUCUCUAUUUCAGACAGAUGCCUUCUAACUUAAACUGUCCGGAACUUCCUCAAUCACGUACAGCGAACUGUUCGUUUUCUUCUCAUCGCAGUGGUCAGAGGGCGCGUGGCAGCAUUGAAAACAGCAAUGUGACACUGAUUGUCGUGAUUUAUUUCAAAAUCAACCAUUAAAAAUGUACAGCAAGCAUGUCUCUCCUUUUGUACGUGAAGCUGAUUGUCAAUGUAAAUAUCGCCGAUGAUUAUAAUCCGCUGCCAAAUUUUCUGAAGUCGUGAUGUCAAGUGAGAGCCGCCUGGAAAAAAUGUUAGUCUAUAUUUAUAUUGACCAUAAUUUGACAUUACACUGGCAUGUGCGAUUGUCCUUUUCCUAGUUGGCAGCUUGUUUUUACUGUAAACCCAACACAAAGUGACCAAACACACUUUCUUUAGCGUUCAAAGCUGUUGUUCAUCUUCUGAAGUGAACUUUGUCGCUCUCAGCUUCAGCCUUUUGCUGAAUCAGCGGUAAUCACAUUUUAACAAACUGUCUGUUUACAUACAGAACGUCCUGGUGUAUAUUCAGAUAUAUAACAACCACAUGCAAACUAUCCUUGUGUGGAGAAUUAUGGCUCAUUUCUUUUCUGACACUGAUUUCGUGAUGAUAGACAGCAAGUGUCCAUGCUGGCCAACAAUUAUGUCAAAGCUGAGAAAUGUUUGUUAGAUGAUCCCAGCAAAACCAUGUUUAUGUUGUUUUGGCAUGAAAUUAUUCCCCUGUUUAGUGCAAUGAUGCUAAGGAAGAUUAUUUGGACACUUUCAGCUUGUUAGUGUUGCCCUAAACACUGCUUUGUGUACCAUUGCUCUGGUUGUGGAUCUGUAUGUCGGUCUGAGAGGAGGUACCAGGCUUCAUAAUGUGUAUUUGUUCAUCAGCGAUGUCAGUGAGAAAUAAAUUAUGCACAUGAAACUUUGCAUCCACACAUGUUUGUUUGGCACCU